AUGCUUGAUAAGCUGUUCUUAGUAAAUGGCGAGGUUCCAAAUGAUCUGGAAUCUCUUGAACUUCUGGACGCCUUUGCUGACCACUUCACAACGACAUGUGAAGAAGAGGGGCAAAUCUUCUUAGUGAUUCAGUCGCUAUCAUCUUCAAAGGAUUAUUGUCUUUUGGACGAAAGACUAGUCGAAGCUGCUCGACCAGUCUCGAGUUUCAUUCGACGUAUAUUUGAUAGCUUGAUGACUGUCGAUGGGAUGUCCGAAGUCUGUAAAAGUUUGCAUGAGAAUGGAGACUUUUCUGACACUGCUGUAUUUGACAAACCUUUUAUCAAUCUUCUUCGUCUGUCUCCUCUCUUCGUCUCAGCCCUCGUUUCGGGCGUUACCUUAGCCUAUUCAACACCGUUUAUCCAAGGCGAGAAGGAGUUGUAUCCGCCUCCACUAGUAAUCGAAAUCUUAAUUAUCUGGCUGAAAAGCAGUCAGGCACAAGUUGUUCGUCAGGACUGGACUGCAGUCGACUGGAAAACGUUCUUCCUAAACAAUCCGCCUCGAUUUCUCGACAUGUCCAAAGUCAAGGGUCAAGAUUGGCCUCUUCUUCUAGCCGAAGCAUGGCAUCCUGCACGUGGCCUUGUUUGGCUGACCGUUUUGUCAUCAAAUUGGUAUAGAAAUUUUUGCAAUUUUGACUUUCCUCGACUUCGAACUAAUCUGAAUAACUUUGGGACUCCUCUGAAUCGUGCAAAGCAUUCACGAAGUUCGAGUAGCAUGACCUCGGACAUGGCGCCUACUAUGUGGAGAUUAAAGUUUCCCACAGAAAUAGAGCCCUUAUUAUGUCGUUUUGGUGCAGUUUUUGCUGAAAAUGCCUGCUCAGAACUCUUCCUCAUCCGAAUAUCUGAGCUGUUGUUUAUAUGUUGGCGAAGUGGUCGUCUGCUCGAAUGCGAUUCCGGUGCGUUGCCUAGUCCUCUGGUUUUCGAAAGCUAUCCUUUUAUUUUGAAUAACUUUGACGUGCUUAUAUUUUUAGGUGUUGUAUCUAAUGCUCUCAGGCCCUUUUCAUCGGAAAGGAUAAUACAAAUCUUGCAGCAGGGCUUACGUAUUUAG